CACCACACCUGGUUUUCUCUGAUCAUUUUUAAGAAGUAGGCUUUUGAAAUGGUGAUAAGUGCAUGUGAUAAAGUAUAAAAUACUACAGAAGACCGAAAAGUGGAAAAAUCAUCUCCUUUCACCCUGUCCUGACCUAUGACUGUCUUACACUCCAUCUGGGUGUGGCCUCUGCAGAUCCAGCAUAUUUCCUCUGUAGAGAGCCACUUAUGCACACGGUCCUCUGCUGGGCUGUGUCCUCAGAGAGCUGGUCUUGGUGCUGCUCCUGGGAGGAUCUGCUCUGCCCUCAGCAGGUGACAGCCACCGUGGCCCUGUGUAGACUGGACUCUUGCUCCUUGGCUGGCCCCUCUUCUCGCAUUCUGGAUGAUGUCAGAACAGGACCUGGCGGAUGUGGUUCAGAUUGCAGUGGAAGACCUGAGUCCUGACCACCCAGUUGUUUUGGAGAAUCAUGUGGUAACAGAUGAAGAUGAGCCUAGUUUGAAACGCCAGAGACUAGAAAUCAACUGUCAGGAUCCCUCUAUAAAGUCUUUCCUGUACUCCAUUAACCAGACAAUAUGCUUACGGUUGGAUAGCAUUGAGGCCAAGCUGCAAGCUCUGGAGGCCACAUGCAAGUCCUUGGAAGAGAAGCUGGACUUGGUCACCAACAAGCAGCACAGCCCCAUCCAGGUCCCCAUGGUGGCAGGCUCCCCGCUCGGCGCCACCCAGACCUGCAACAAAGUGCGAUGCGUCGUCCCCCAGACUACAGUAAUACUCAACAAUGAUCGGCAGAACGCCAUUGUAGCCAAGAUGGAAGACCCCUUGAGCGGCAGGGCGCCGGAUUCCCUGGAAAAUAUCAUUAGCAACGCUGUUCCUGGGAGGCGACAGAACACCAUUGUUGUGAAGGUACCGGGCCAAGAUGACAGCCACAACGAAGACGGGGAGAGUGGCUCAGAGGCCAGCGACUCGGUGUCCAAUUGCGGCCAGCCCGGGAGCCAGAGCAUCGGGAGCAACGUCACGCUCAUCACCUUGAACUCAGAAGAGGAUUACCCCAAUGGCACCUGGCUCGGUGACGAGAACAACCCUGAGAUGAGGGUACGCUGCGCCAUCAUCCCCUCUGACAUGCUACACAUCAGCACCAACUGCCGCACCGCCGAGAAGAUGGCCCUCACGCUGCUGGACUACCUCUUCCACCGUGAGGUGCAGGCUGUGUCCAACUUGUCGGGCCAGGGCAAGCAUGGGAAGAAGCAGCUUGACCCGCUCACCAUCUAUGGCAUCCGGUGUCACCUUUUCUAUAAAUUUGGAAUCACGGAAUCUGACUGGUAUCGGAUUAAACAGAGCAUUGACUCCAAAUGCCGGACAGCGUGGCGGCGAAAACAGCGAGGGCAAAGUCUGGCGGUCAAGAGCUUCUCCCGGAGGACCCCAUCCUCAUCCUCUUAUAGCACCUCAGAGACCAUGAUGGGCACCCCGCCGCCCGCCCCCGAGCUGCCACAGCCGCAGCCACAAGCCCUGCACUACACUCUGGCUAACGCCCAGCAGGUGCAGAUCCACCAGAUCGGAGAGGAUGGCCAGGUGCAAGUAAUUCCACAGGGCCACCUCCACAUUGCCCAGGUGCCGCAGGGGGAGCAGGUGCAGAUCACGCAGGACAGCGAGGGCAAUCUACAGAUCCAUCAUGUGGGCCAGGAUGGACAGGUGCUACAGGGAGCCCAGCUAAUCGCUGUGGCCUCCUCGGAUCCUGCCGCAGCUGGCGUGGAUGGGUCAUCUCUCCAGGGCAGUGACAUCCAGGUGCAGUAUGUCCAGCUGGCGCCUGUGAGCGAGCACACAGCCACAGCACAGACGGCUGAGACCCUGCAGCCCACCCUGCAGCCUGAGAUGCAGCUGGAGCAUGGGGCCAUCCAGAUCCAGUGAGGCAGGGCAGCCACCACCACCAGGACUGUACCACGCCAGCGGCCCAGCUGACGACCUGGUCUCCACACCCUGCUCUUGAAGUUGGCUGGGGGUGACCGCGUGAAUUCUGCUGCCGUGCGUGUGAAAGCCGCCUCCGCCAGGGGGACCGUGUCCCAGUCUCCCCAUGCAGGGAGGGCCCUCGGUUUGAGCCACACUGACAGUGUCUACAGGGGAAGCAGCACGGAGCGUGUAAAGUACACUUGGAAAAUCAAGAACUACAAUAUUUUGUUUAAACAGCUUUUUUUAAUUUGCUAUGGUGUUUAUAACAAAAAAGAAAAUUGAAAAAAAACUGGAGUAGCAGAAGCCUUUUGCUGUUGUGCUCUGUUCAGUGUCAUGAAAACAGGUGUUUGCAAAAGAAAGCUAAUGAUUUUGACGGAAAUAUUGCUUACCUACUUUUCUAGGGGGACAUGCCCCCACACACUGUAAUUAUGCAUUUCUAAUGAAAUAAACUGUAUUUAUGACCACAGAA